AUUGUGGGUGGCUUGGGGGCAGGCGGAUUGGCAGCAGACGGGCGACAGUAGCUUCGAGGGCUGACUUCGACAACGUGAGGUGUGUGGCGGGCGCUAGGUAGGUAGCGGGGCGGGGCGAAACGACUUGUGGGCUCAGAUGAUGAUCUCGUGCUCGUCGAUCUUGGCAGGGCCUUGGCCGAUCUUGCAGCUGCCGAUGACCCACUUGAUGAGCUUUUGGAUGGACACGAUGCUUAACCAGCAGCUGGUUUUGGCCUUGCUGAUGGGCACGGCGAUUUCGUCGAUAUCACCCGUGGGCAUGUGGGGGGCGUCCGUGCUGAUGGAUGAGGUGGACGGGUAGGGGCUGCCCUUGGCCGUGGGCUUAGCCCUCGAGGAUGUCCGACAACUCAUACGCACCCAGCUUGUGCAGCUCGGGAACCUGUGAACAAACAAAUGGGCACACAUGAAGAAAGAUACCGCCGGUGAGCCGUGGAUGUGGCCCUUUCAUGGUCUUCUGGCUGCAAUUGUCUGGCUGACUAUUUUACCUCCAGGUUGCAGAACACACGUUUGGGUUCGCAGUGGUAGGCGUCUGAGGUCAUCUUGGAAUCCCUCCGCGGCCAGUAUCGGCGGGUGGCCGGGUCGAAGGUGACCUCCAUCGGCGUAUGCCCUCGUAGCGGUAGUCUCCCGUCACGAAUGGAGUGUUGCCCUCAGCCUUCCGCUCAGCCCAGAAAUCAUUGGCCAUCUGCAACAACCAAACAAAGAAAUCCAAUGCAGAGACUCAUGCAUGCAGCCAUUUUUUCGCAUCUUCUCGCUUUGUGCAAUGCCCACAUGCAUCCCCUCACCUCUCGACAGGCUAACGAGAGGUCAGGGGUGACCCUCCACUUAUGCACACCAUGCUCGGUGUCCUUCUUGAAGGGCCAAGGCAAUAUUAACGGCGUUACCAUAUCACUGCUGUCCACAUCGCUACUCACAGAGGACGCUCGCACGAGAAGAUCCAUCUUGCGAAGCGAGAAAAACG